GCUAUUCACAAACACUAACUAAUUGAACUUCCACAUGGAGCAUAAUAAGCUCACAUUAAUAAAUCCAAUCCCAGUACUAAUAACGCUGUGUGUAUUAGUAUCAGAGGGGAAAGCAACUACCUUCACACUACUCAACAAAUGUGACUACACUGUGUGGCCGGGAAUUCUCACUAACGCUGGUGUCGACCCUCUUCCGGUCACCGGCUUCGCCCUCCGAACCGGCGAGUCCAAAACCAUCACGGCACCAACCACCUGGGGCGGCCGUUUCUGGGGCAGGACACUCUGCGCCCAAGACUCCGCCGGAAAAUUCUCAUGCGGCACUGGCGAUUGCGGCUCCGGCAAACUAGAAUGUGCUGGCAGCGGUGCCACGCCGCCGGCAACCCUGGCAGAGUUCACCCUCCAUGGCGCCGGAGGACUAGAUUUCUUUGACGUCAGCUUGGUCGACGGUUACAACCUCCCGAUCACGGUGGUUCCGCAGGGUGGCUCCGGCGAAAACUGCACCGUCACGGGGUGCGUGGGAGACCUCAAUGGCGAUUGUCCAUCGGAGCUGAGGGUUAUGAGCGAGGAUGGGAAACGUGGCGUGGCGUGUAAGAGCGCGUGCGAUGCGUUCCGGUUGCCGCAGUAUUGCUGCGACGGCGCGUACCGCUCACCGGACACUUGCAAGCCUUCGUCUUACUCGAAGGUGUUCAAGAGCGUGUGCUCACGCGCGUAUAGCUACGCGUAUGACGACAAGACGAGCACAUUUACGUGCGCAUCUGCCGAUUACACCAUUACGUUUUGUCCUUCCCCUGAUACUAACCCCAGUAGUAAGAAAUCGUGGGAGGGACAAAACUCGAACUCAGAUAGUAACGAAUCUUCUUCGUCAUCAUCUCCAUCUUCGUCCUCUACUCCAACAUCACCACAGGUGAGCAAGGGAGGAAUGGUGUACGUAGGUGCACUAGACCAAAGUGAAAUACCAUGGUCAGCGUGCACUCGUGCUAGGGAAUCCCAAUCCACUGCAGCCUUCAUCAUCAUUAUGGCAAUUUGGCGCUUGUGGCAACUGCUCUUUUAGUUUUACACUUUUACCCCCCAUCUUAUUGAUGUUAAUUCCUUGGGCAUCUUUCACGGAGCCAGGCCCAUGUGAGCCAUGUCUUCUUUUUUUUAAUUUUGUAUGGUGGGGCCCUACUCAUUGGAAACAUUCAUUUUUAGUUCAUCCGGCCUGUAUGGGUCACGUGACGUGAGUUCAGUAGGCCCGUGGACAUGGACAUGGACAUGGCGACAAGCAUGUGAGUCAUCUGAAGGGAAAGCAGAAAGCAGAAAGCUCUCGCAAAAAGAAGAGGGAUACGUAGGCAUAUACUAUAGAAUUCUUUGUUUGUGGGCGAUGAUGAGAUUCAUUUAUUGGUUCGGGAAUGUUAGACCAUGUUUCAUGAUCAAAAACUGCUAAAUGAACUCCUACUAGCUACCUAAAGCAGAGUAUAUCAGUCUUUAUUUGAGUAUAGUGUUCAUUAAAUUUAGUGUUGGGGCGUAUUUAAGGUAAGGGGCUUUUUGUUUCGAUGCAUCUAUCUAAUAUCUGUUGUUGGUCCUGGGACCGCUAUAAUUGAAAUUAAUUAGCAUCCGAUCCAUAAAUAUAUAUAAGUGGUGUGAAUGUGAUGGAGCACCGGAGUUUUUUA